GUCUGUUAUGAACAUUCGGUUUAAACGAUCGAUGUGUUCGAUAAAAUCGACUGGAAAUUUUGUUUAUUUCGAAUAAAAUUUGUGCAUUCGACGCGUACACGACUCAAUAAAGUCGUUAAAAAUUCAUUUCGAAUAAGUGUUUGCAAGUGUUUAGACCUCUGCGCUGUGAGCUGGGAUUUAGUCAUUAUUCGCUGAUAAACAGUCUAUCAAAAUGAUGCCCGUAUCAUUAUGCUAUCCGUACGAGGAGAGCAAAAAGCACAUUCCAACAUUUCGAUCAAGAGCCGCCCAGCAAUUGGUGACAUGGUACGAACAAGUACGAGAUCGCACCAAGUACAAUGAAUUGUUAUGGGGUGACGAGCUGGAAUUCACAAUUGUGUCGAUGGAUUCGACAAAGAAACAGGUUAAGCUGAGCCUAAGCGCUCAUAGCAUCUUGGAUCGCAUUCGUCGUCGACAUGCCGAAGAGAAUAUUUCCGAUGAUGACGAAGGUGUGUCUUGGUUUCCCGAGUAUACCAAAUACUUGAUUGAAGGAAUCCCCGCUCAGCCAUACGAUGCAACCCUUGAAGGAUUGCUUAAAGUGGAAUCGUUGAUGAAAUUGCGGAAAUCAGCAGUCCAACCCUAUUUGAGUGAUAAAAACGAUAAAUUGGUCACUUUGACGUCAUAUCCUAGGUUGGGUGUAGGCGAAUAUAGUCGGCCGUACAUUCGACCCAAUCAUGAUGAACGAGAAGGUGACUCCAUUUCGGAUAGAAUCCUAUAUCCGACCAGUCGGUUCAACCAUGGCAGUAUGAACUUCACCGAACGGAGACGUUACUUCAGUCGCCUGAAUGUACCCAUCUAUCAGGAUAAUGACCGAAGCCCAACGUGGUCUGAUUCGAUUCUAAAAUUUAUCGAAAGUAAAACUCCACCAACGACCGACAAUUGUGUAGUGUUGGAUCACAAUGUGUUCGGUAAUGGAUGUGCUUGCUUACAAGUCACUUUCCAAAACGGUGACUUCCAAGAAGCGCUCUAUUUGCACGAUCAUUUGGCACCAAUAGCCCCAUUGAUGCUGGCUUUGAGUGCGGCCGGUCCGAUCUUUAAAGGAUAUCUGUUGGAAACGGAUUGUCGGUGGUAUAUUGCUAGUUACACAUUCGACGAUCGCACUCCGGACGAGCGAAAAGUGAAGGAGGAUCAACCAUCAUUUAUUCCGCAACGACCGCGAUACGGAUCGAUUCCCAGAUACAUGUCGAAUGUGCCGGAACGCUAUAAUGAUAUAAACGUCCCUUACAACGACAAGGCAUAUCAAACGUUUUCCGAUAGUGGAUUCGAUAAAUCUGUCGGACAAUUCUACUCUCACAUUCUUUCGUAUGAGCCAUUCUACAUACCGAGAAUUCUAAUGGAAUCCGAUGCUCCACGGGAAACGUACGACGAAGCGGAAUCGAUAUUGGGCAGUACAUGGCUAUCAGUUCGAGUUAAAUUUCCACCGGUCAACAGUACGAUGGGCUGGCGAGUCGAAUUCCGAACUAUGGAAAUUCAAUUGAGCGAUUUUGAAAAUGCCGCCUUUGCAGUUUUCAUGAAUUUAUUGGUGCGAACGAUGGUAGAAAUGAAACUGAACUUUUUGGUGCCGAUAUCGAAGAUUGACGAAAAUAUGACACGAUCCCAAAUCAAAGAUGCUGCCCGUCAGCAAAAGUUCUGGUUCCGGAAAAAUAUCUUCUCCCAAUCUCAAACCGACGAUGAGAACUCGAACGGCAAUCCGGCUGACACGAGCGACGAGUACGCAUCUCUAUCGCUUGAUCAAAUAUUCAACGGAGAGGCGAACGGUUUUGUUGGUCUCAUUCCACUAAUUCAUCGCUAUCUCGACGGUAAAGAUGUGAGUGCGGAAACCAGGUCGCAAUUAAACAAAUAUCUGGAUUUAGUUCGAGAUAAAGCCAACGGAACCAGACUCACAUCGGCCCAGCUGAUUCGCGAAUUUGUUUUGAAUCAUCCGAGCUAUCAGAAUGAUUCGUACGUUAGUGAAGAGAUCAAUUACGAUCUCAUCAAUCACUUUUUUUGAUUAAUUUUUGCUUUGCGUUAAUUUUUUCGUUAUUUUUUCUUUUCUUGCAAUGCAUAUGGUUAGGUAGAUUUUACUCACCACCACUAAUAUGUAAUCGGGUUAGAUUUGUUUAGAUUUUCUAAUUGAAUAAAAAUAUAUCCAGAAAAAAAA